CAUUUUAACGGAACCCAGUCCACCACUUACCUCCAACUUUGGCGGCGGCGCUCUCUAGACUCCACCACACCCAUCUCCAAAUAUACUCCAAGAACAUGUCCAUAGCAACACUCUUCCCCCCUCCUGUCUCUCUUACCUCCUCUCAUCCCCACCUCUGUUCCCAUGCACCUCACCGCACCCAACCACUUCACCACUCGAUGACCACCACCGUGCUCCGCCAACUAACCCACCGUCACAACUAUCUCCUCCACCACCACCGCCACCGUUGCCGUCGUUUCCUCUCCGUCGCGGCAGCCGCCGUCCGCCAAGAUACCACAGUCUGGACCCAAGCCCCUCUCACUUCGAUCCACCCCGCCGCCGAGACCCUAUUCCACAUCUCCGUCGACGUCUCGGACUCUCCGGAGCUUGCCAACUCCUUCACCACCGCCGGCCAAUACCUCCAGCUCCGUGUUCCUACGGACGACGAUGUUUCAAAGCCUUCCUUCCUCGCCAUAGCUUCUCCGCCGUCUCUAGCCUCGGUCCAAGGUGUGUUUGAAUUCUUGGUGAAGAGCUUCGCUGGGUCCACCGCCGAGCUUCUCUGUGGGCUCAACAAAGGGGAUGUGGUUGAAUUGAGUCAGGCAAUGGGAAAAGGGUUCGAUAUUGAUCAUAUUUCUCCGCCAGAGGAUUAUCAGUCCGUUCUGAUUUUCGCAACCGGAUCUGGAAUUAGCCCAAUCCGGUCUUUGAUAGAGUCAGGAUUCAGUGCUGAUAAGAGAUCUGAUGUGAGGCUCUAUUAUGGUGCAAGGAAUCUUGAGAGGAUGGCUUAUCAGGAUAGAUUCAAAGAUUGGGAAUCUUUGGGAGUUAAAAUUGUGCCGGUACUAUCUCAGCCAGAUGAUAAUUGGAAAGGUGAACGUGGCUAUGUACAGGCUGCUUUCUCUAGAGCCAAAAAAAUUUAUAGCCCUCAGUCCACUGGUGCGGUGCUCUGUGGACAAAAACAAAUGGCUGAGGAGGUUACUUCCUUUCUUGUAGCCGAUGGAGUCUCAAGUGAGAAGAUUUUGAAGAACUUCUGACAGCAUUCAAUAGGUCCAUAAUGUUGUGUCAUUGUUGAGGAAAAAUUACAAAAUUUCAUUCUUUCCGAACUGCUGAGCAUCACAUAUCCUCAGCUUUGGAAUACGAAAUAAAACCAAUUUUGCAAUUUCUAUGUUGGAAUUGUCAGUCACAGCAGCUAAAUCAUACCUCAUAGUAACAGUCAUUUUUUGAGCAUUACACAGUCUCCAUGGGAACAGGAGGCUAACAUUCUGAACAUCGGAGUUGAAGACUUCCAUUUCAUGUUCAUUUCCAACGACGUGAAAAGGGCACAAGCUAGUUAUUUAGUCGCACUUUUUCGAGCUAAACUCCAGUAGGAAUAAUCCAUUAUCUAAUUUCAUCUUACAUGAUGCGUAAAUCUGUCAACUUAUGUUGUUUUAUGUUCUAAUAGAUUAUCAAGAUUCGAACUUAAGAUAUUUAAAUUUAUAGUUUGUUCCUAUUACUAUUUGAGUUAACUUUGAUGUUAAAAUUAUCCAAACGUUCGCUCCUAACUAAAGCUAGC